AUGCCUUCGGCGACGCUGCCUUGGUGGCAGGUCAACGUGCCCGACGAUCUGCGCACCGAAGAGUGCCCCGACUUCCUCAAGGAAUGCGGGGAGAAGGACCGUGGCAUCAUCGGCACCCCCGACUCCGAGUACCGCCCCCGCGGCUGGGAGGAUGUCAAGGAAAUCAUCAAAACAAACCGCAUUGACAAGUUCGUGCGGAAGCCUAGCGAGCUGCGGCGCUACCGCCACUAUACCUGGGAGCUGAUUCGCAACUAUGGCUCCAUAAUGGACUUUGUCCUCAAAGAAAGGCUGCAGUGGACCGAUCUGACGCCCCGAGGCCGCCCUUUCGCUCACCCUGAGGACAUCAAGAUCCUGCACAACGACUGGCCUUACGGCGUCGACGAGCGCAUCGUCCACCUGGUUGUGUGGACCAAGUUCGAGCUCGAGGAUGACCCGGCCACCGACGACCUGACGCCGGAAGCGCGGCAGAUGAUCGACGACUAUGUGGCCCAGACGUUUUGCACGCGGGUGAAUGCCGAGCAGGUCAUUUGGUUCAAGAACUGGAAAAGCCUCAAGUCGGUGCACGCUGUUGAGCAUUUCCAUGUCAUGCUGUACAACCCCGACCUUGGCUUCAUCGAGGACGUCACCAACGGGGACGUCCCUCUGUCCAAGAAGGCGCCCGAAGUGUGA